AUGUAUGCUUUUCACCAAGAACAGCAUCUUUAUGCCUUGCAUAUGGCACAAGAAGAAAUGCUAAAAUCUACCCGCGAAAAAAGUUGGGUAAUGACCUCUAACGAGGCUGGAUUCGUCAAACUUCCCAAUGAACGAAUUCUUUACACUUCACCCCCUCGAACAAGUUUACAAAUUUCUACGACGACUACACCUCCUGGCGCAGAGCCAUAUUCAGCCAAAAGUGACGCUGGGGUUGUUUAUAUCAGUAACCAACGAAUAAUUUAUCUUCCAAGUACACCUACUCCCGAACUUCAAUCAUUUUCUUCGCCCAUUCUCAACUUGCAAGAUAGCUAUGUGCGUGCGCCAUUCUUUGGCGCCAAUUACUGGACUGCUCUCUGCAAGCCGGUUUCGGGAGGUGGAAUUCCUCCAGACUAUCCAUCGGUUGAGCUUAAGAUGACAUUCAGAGAAGGCGGGGCUUUCGAUUUUCAUUCUUGUUUGGAGCAAAUAAAGGAGCGCCUAUACCAAGUUUAUAGUGUCGCACGCGAACAUGGGGGAAGGGGAACGAGUGGAGUAGAUUUGGCGAACAUGGACUUAGAGCAAUUACCUGCUUAUGAAGCUGCGACAGAGGUUACAGAUGAAGCACCUGAGGUAGCUCGAGAUAGCGGGGUAGCAAGCACAACUGGAAGUUCACGGCCCGAGACCUUCACCGCGCCAGCUGAGCCCCCUCCAGAUUAUGAAGAAGCACAAGCACAAGCCGUUUCGGUGGACCUGGAUCAGCGAUUACGAGAGCAGGCCGAGAGACAAUGA